UGGUAACCACUCCGCUGCGGAGGGUAAUGAGUCGGGUUUCUGCAAGUGCAGAAGUGAUCUCGCAGAGCUGGCACUGCCCUUACGGGACGCUCACCGCUGCUGAAUUGCUUUGAACGUCUCUUCAAAUGGCAAAGCAGAAUUACUCCGCACAUGAAUAAAACCAUCCAGCGAAGUGGACAAAAUUGAUCAAACUAAGUCAACAGAAUGCAUUGUAUAACUUUUAUAUAGACACUCGUUCGAAGAUAGUAAGGUAGGUGGGAGGAAUAGACAGCUGCUUAUUCUUUUGCCUAACGACAAAGUCCUCUCCGAAUUGAUACGUCAUCCUUUUAAAAUAUUACUCCUCAUGAGUAUUUGGAUUCCGUGGGGGAUAAACACUGACUAGCUACACCAGAAAAAUAAAAUAAUUAAAUAUGGAAGAGGAACAGAAGUGGAGCGUCGCUCCUCAAUCCAACGUGGGGAGGACUUGCACGGAGCAUCCUUGCAAAAAGCGGGUUUUAAGGAAUUGGAAAGACCUGUCUGGGAUAGCUGUCUGUAGCGCGUUGUCCUUGCUGUCUUUUGGAGUUUGCAUUUUGGUUUAUCUGAAGACUUCGGAACUGCAGUCCAGGGUUAUAAAUCUGGAAAAGGAACGGGACACGCAACUCUCCGCGUGGCUGUCACUGGACCAGGUGGAGCCCCUCAUCGUAGGUAGACUCGAUCAGAUUUUGGAAGAGAAAUUGGCGGCACGGCUACCCAGGGUCAGAGAAGCUCGAGAGGCGCCUCACAGCUGCGUCUGUCCACCAGGACCUCCUGGUCCACCUGGACGAGCUGGCUUUCCGGGUGACAAAGGAACAAUGGGAAUACCUGGAAGAAUGGGGUUAAAGGGCGACGCUGGGGAAAAGGGGGCACCAGGGGAGCCAGGCUUGUCCAUCAUUGGCCCACGAGGACCCCCUGGACAGCCGGGAACGAGAGGAUUUCCUGGUUUCCCGGGUCCGAUCGGAUUGGACGGAAAGCCAGGACAAAGCGGUCUGAAAGGAGAUGUGGGUCCACGAGGUCCAAAAGGAGUGCCAGGUGAACCUGGCCCCAAGGGAGAAAAGGGUGUGUGUGGAGAGUAUUCUCACAGGAAACGACGUAUUGUACAGACCUGUGUUGGAGGAUUGGCCACACAGGGCGAGCCAGGACCGCAAGGCCCCUCGGGACCACCGGGCCCUCCGGGGCCCCCAGGGGUUCCUGGACAAGCUGGCACCAAUGGAAUACCGGGAAAACCCGGAGAACCAGGAAAGCCGGGAAAAGACCCAAAGAAUUUACCUGGACUGAAGGGCGAGCCGGGCACACCGGGACAGAAGGGAGAUCGCGGUGAGAUCGGACCCCAAGGACCCGCCGGUCCCCAGGGACCAAAGGGAGAUCAGGGGUUCAAGGGUGACAAGGGAGAGCCCAGCACAGCAGGUGUCGGCAUCAAAGGAGAGCCAGGUCUGCCUGGCCCACCAGGACCCCAGGGGCCCAAGGGUGAUAAAGGAAACACAGGUAUAACGGGGGAGCCAGGACCCGAGGGGCCGGCUGGACCCAGAGGCCCUCCUGGUCCUACGGGCGAGCCAGGAAAAGCAGAAAUUAUUGACUACAAUGGCAAUUUCAAUGAGAAAUUUGUGGAUAUUCGCAACACACCUUUAAUGGGUCCUCCAGGACUACCUGGACUACCAGGCCCUCCCGGUCCCCCUGGAACACCUGGCGCAAAGGGUGAAGUGGGACUGCCAGGCGCUCCAGGUCUUGAUGGGGAGAAGGGGCCUCGGGGGAAGCCGGGUGAGACAGGGCCCAUGGGUCCCGCGGGCCCUGAGGGCCCCAGAGGAGAAGCGGGAGUCAUGGGGUUCCCGGGGCCGAAGGGCGACAAGGGGGACACGGGCCCUGCUGGAUCACCCGGUCAGAAGGGCGAACCUGGAGAGAAGGGUGGGAGAUCAGACAUGGUCUAUGGGCCCCCAGGGCCCCCAGGACCACAAGGACCAGUUGGCCCCAUGGGACCUCCAGGACUGCCAGGGCCAAAGGGAGAGCCAGGCAUUGGCAUCAAGGGGGAGAAAGGAGGACUUGGGCUGAAGGGAGAUAAAGGAGACAGGGGCCAUCUUGGACUGCCUGGUCUGAUAGGACCAGUUGGUGUCCCAGGGCCAGCAGGACCAAAGGGAGAGAGGGGUGACAAGGGAGACACAGGUGUACCAGGACCAAUAGGGCCACAAGGCAUCCCUGGUUUAGUAGGACCACAAGGAUUAAAAGGAAACCGGGGGGAGAGGGGCAAGAAAGGCAACAGGGGGGCCAAAGGGGAUAAGGGAGACCAAGGAGCACCCGGAUUAGAUGCCCCCUGUCCGUUGGGGGACGAUGGCUUGCCAGUACCAGGAUGUUGGAAUAAAGGUCAAAAUCCUUUCCAGCUGGCCAAGAAGUAACAGCACAAGAAGGUCUGCUUGAAGCUUCAUAUGAUGCUGCAUGGAGAAACUUGAAGUUCAGAGGUAUCUUUGAGUUUGCACAGAUUUUUAUUGUGCGGGGUGCCAUUUCGAGGAUUUCCAGUGGCUGGACAAGACUGUAAUGUCGGAUGGCUCCAGAGGGUGGCAGCAGUGAGCAGACUGACUUCAGUGAGACUGGGGGGAAAAAGGAUUUCCUUUCCUUUUUUUUUCUUUUUUUUUUUUUUUUUUUGGAAGACAUCGCAAAUGAAAAUGGAUCGAGGUCCGCGGUUACAGAUGCAUUUCUUGAGUUUUGUAUGCUUUAUUUUUUAUUCUAUUCACUAUGUGAAAGAAACAUGAACUUUUUUAUAGUGUACUUCCUGUUUGUUUUUAUUUGAUGCUAACGACUGUGAUCCGAGAAUUCUGAGCAGCUCACAGAACAAACAGAGGUCACCUCGGCGUUCAUGUGUUUCCACCAGAAAAAUCGAUUUUGAUGAUUCCUGACUUAACUCUUUCACUGCCGUUUGUGACUGGCCUGCUGCAACAGGCCAUCACGCUAUAUUUUCAUCUCGGGACUUGACAUACUAACAAACAUACCUGACUGAGAAAUUGAGACAUAUAUAUUGAUGUUUUAAAAGUGCACUAUGAUACUUUUUCACUUUCAUUCACUAUGAGACUAUUUUUGUACGUAAUAUACCUGAGAGGUUUUAGAUUUUAAGUACAGUAAAUUCACACAGACACAUGCAAUACAAACAUUUCCCUAUUUAUAGAAAUAGCUUUUUGACAACUAGCUGUAGAUCAAUGAAGAAAAUGUAACACCACUCUAAUGUAGCACAAGAGUAAUGAUUUCAACUUCCUGUCUGCAUCAAAGUUUACUGUAUAUAGUUUUUAGUAGCCCCAUUUCUCUAUUGUAAGUGCUUGUUGAUACUGCAGAAUCUCGCAGUCCCCUGGUUAUUGACCCCAAUGACUGCAUUAUUAAGAGUAUUCUGGAACAUUAUACAUUCAUGUCAGGCAGCUGCUAUAUAUGGGAAUUAUUUGA